CAUGAGGGUACGCGGGGUUGAAAGCGGGCUUCCCGCCCCGCCCAGACCGCCGAGGCUGCCGCCGGAGUCGCCACCGCCGCGCCCUCGCCCACCCGCCCGCCCGCCGCUCCCGGCCCCGCUCGCCCCCUCCGCCGCCGCCGCCCGCCCCUGCGACGACGCCGCGGCCUCCCGCCCGCGCCCGCUCGCUCCCGCGGCCCUCGCUCGCCUCGCGCCGGCAGUUUUGGGCCUACACCUCCCCUCCCCCCGCCAGCCACCAAAGACUUGA